AGGAGGACUUCUCCUAAAACACCAAUGAAGGAACUGCAAACUUUUACAGAUGAGAAGGUCGAUUCUAAUGACCUGAAAAUUUUCCUGGGAAACCUGGGGAUUGAGUUCACAGAUCAGGAAAAAGAGAAGCUACUGAAAACACUGCCAAUUGACGCUGCUGGAAAGGUAUAUCACAACAGGUUGCUAAAGGGUGUGAAAUCUCUCAAUGGGGGAAAGGUUCAUGUAAAUAACCUGGACAACACCCUUAAAAAAUUGGGACUUGAGCUCACGGAAGAGGAACUUGCAAAGCUGUCAAAAAAUCUACAAGUUGAUGCUAAUGGAAUGGUUGGUCUGAAAGAGGUGAUGGAUGGAGUAAAAGCUACUACAGGAGGGGAGGUUGAUGUCAAAGAUGUGAAAGCUAUUCUGAAAAACAUGGGAAUAGAGUUCACAGAUAAGGAACGUUUGAAGCUGCUGAAAAAUCUGCCUUUCAAUGAUGAUAACAAGGUCUUUAAGAACAGGUUGCUAGAUGGUGUGAAGUCCCUUAAAGGUGGGAAGGUCAAUAUGAACAACCUGGGCACUGUUCUGAACAACCUGGGGAUAAAGCUUGCAGAUAUGGAACUUAAAGAUCUGGCUGAAAACAUGCAUGUUGGUGUUGAUGAGAAAAUUCCUCUAGAAAUUAAGGUCAUUCCUCUAGAAAAUUCCACUGAUGGAAAACAUCACAGAUUUUACAGGUGAGAAGAUUGAAUCUAGUGAGCUAAAAAAUGUUCUGGGAAAUCUCGGAAUUGAGCUCACAGAUAAGGAACUAGAGAAGCUGCUGAAAAUACUGCCAAUUGAUGCCAAUGGAAAGUUAUAUCGUAAUAGACUACUGAAGGCUAUGAAGUCUCU